GCCUAACUUGGAGUUGGUCUUUAGACUGACUGCGAGAAAAAUAUGUUUUAAUGGCAUUUGGAACCAUUUUAAAUUACAUGGCAGUUGGGUGUUUUUGGAUACAAAUCGGGUAGAUCAUGUGUUCUGAUCAAUAAGACUUAUGAAAAAGGAAAAGGCGGUAAUAUGCGAUUAAGAAGGGAACUGCUAGGUUACAGGGAUUCAAGUGUGAGCUGAAGGAAUAAUGGCAAUAGUAUAAGACUUAUAAAAACUGAGACUUGUACACUUUUUUUCCAAUAUAACCAGGGAGCAGCGUUGCAGCGUCUUCAAACAACUUAGCGUCAACUGUGGUAUAACAACUGCCUAAAACAGACAAAACCCUUCUCGACGUUUCGACUUGAGGGCCAUACUAACUCUCCUGACGGAGGCCCUCAAUCUUAUUUUAUCCCAUUUUCACUUCGGAUAGACAAAACAACUAAAAUCUUGUGAGAUAUUUACGUAUAAAUAAGUCCCUUUUGAUCAAGAUGUGAUGCACUGUAUGUACAAAUUUGGUGAGAAAAUAUCGAAGGCAGAUGAAAAGGUGAGUCGUGUUUUCCAAGAUGUUUCUCGCGAUUUGACUGUAUGAACAAAACGGGCCUUUUAUGACUCGUACCAUGUUGUAUGUAAUUUCCAGUCAUGUUGGUUAAGAUUAUUAUAUUAUGACUAGUUAUCAAUUUGCAAUGCAGAAUUCCAACUGUGAUGAAAGAAAUAUCGAUAUUGUACCGGGCGCUGUUUUUGUAGGACGGGAACUACGCGUACAGUCGGUCUUCGCCAAAGAGUCUGCCGUGUAUUCAUUCUGCUAAAUUGGAAGAACAACAGCGCUACGUACAUCCCGCGUAGUCUCUUGAUUCAGAUUGCUGGAGCGGAUGUACAUUGGAUCGACUGAGCAUAAUUAACAGAACCAUCACAAGAGAGUAAAGAAGAGUUGCUCCAGAAGUCUUCCAACAUUCGGGCAGAGCACAGUAAUUCGAAUAGUUCGUUACGUUAAAUGAAAAUGACCACCGUAAUCGCAUUGAUACCUUUCUUCUUCCUGUUUGCCCUUAGCCAGGCAUAUCAGUGGCCAGAUGGCAAGUAUUGCCUACCAAUGCCUUUAAACAGGCAAUGUCCACCAGGAUGGUCAGAAGGCUACAGAAGACAUGACACGGAAGAUUUCGAAGGCAAUAAAUAUUGUGAUGUAAAACGCCAUGGAUGGGUUCCGUACAACUAUGACUUAUGCAAUAAUCCUCGCUGGGGAUUUUGCUGCAAAACUCAAGAAAAUUAUCCUCGAACAGGAAAACAGUGGCCUUCUGGAUCGUAUUGCAUCUUCAGAUAUGGUGGCACGUGUCCUAGAAAUUUUGCUUCAGGAUAUAUUUACUGGGAUGACGAAGAUUCGCAGAAUGAGAACAGGCGCAGUGGGGUUCUUCCGGAUGGGGUUUACGGUUCAAACACCAAGAUAUACUUUUGCUGUCGUAAUGUGCAAGGGUACUCUUCAUCAAACCAGCUGUCAGGUCUACCCCAAUUCUCUGAAAUGAUUCUAAUGCGAUACAAAGGAACAUGUCCCAAAGCUCAAAGCGGUCAUCUUGGACCUCAUACUGGAUACUUGCAGUGGGACACCGAGAACACUGGAAACGAAGACAAACGUGCUGGAGUAUUUCCCGACGGUGGAAAAACUUUUGAAAGUGGGAUAAAAAUCGAAUUUUGUUCCUACACACAAUUAUAAUUGUUGAUCGUCCUAACGACGUGCUGACUUUAUCCAUUAUAGUUGUUUAGGAACUGUGGACUUUAGCUUAAAGUGUAGGAAGAAAUGACACAUAUUCUAGUAUCAUAGUCUUGCCUCAAUAUUUUGCGCAUCAAUUUGUAUCGCUUGUAUCACACAUCGUAUGAUACUUGUUAAUCGUCGUAACUGCACGUUGAUUUAAAUUUACCAUUUGUUUGAGAACAGUGGACUUUAGCAGUAACUGACACACGCUGUAUUAUCUUGGAAUCAUAGUUGCUUCCUAUACAUGUGGUUUCCAUAAAUAAAAUUACCUCUUG